AUGACUCAAGUCAAACGACAAUUAAGUGAACAUGUAUCAUCUGAUGAAAAAACAAAAAAAUUACGUAAUUUAACAUUUGAUAAGAAUAACAUAGAAGUUAGUUGUAUCGAACAUUUGUCGAAUGAAAUUUUUUAUGAAAUAUUCGAUUAUCUUGAUGGUUGUGAUACUUUCGAUAUAUUUUCAAAUCUUAACAUACGUUUUCAACGUCUUAUUCUACAUUCAUUAUUACCAAUUAAAAUUUAUCGUUCCAUUUCAUCUAAUCAAAUCACCGAAUAUCAUUAUCAAAAACUUAUCAUACCAUAUCGACAUCGAAUUAUCUCUUUUCAUAUGCAUGAUACAUCAUAUAUGUCAUUGAAUUUUUCAUUACAUAUGAUUGAUGCGUCAUUCAAUCGUCUUGAAUCCAUUGUUUUCUAUAGAAUUCAAUAUGAUGUUCUAAUAUCACUUCUUCCGAACUUAAUUACUCUACCUCGUCUUUUCGCAUUGAACACUGGCCUUAGUGAUCAAUUGAGAAAUUUUUCGAAACUUUAUGGCUUGAUUUUUUGUUUACCUUUACUGAAAUAUAACAAACUGUCAGCAUUCAGGAACUUUUCACCUAUUUUACUACCUUAUGAAACUAAUGCAUACAGUUCUAUUGAACAUCUAGUUAUUGAUUAUGAAUGCUUCGUCCACGAAUUAACUGUGAUUCUUUCGUGUACACCACGACUUAGCCAUUUAACUUGUAAGUGUUUAAGUUCAAAGAGUAUAAUAAAAAGAGCGAUAUCAAUAAAUAUUUCCAAUUUGAGAUAUUUAUCAAUAAAUGUAUGUUAUUUAAAGUUUCAUGAAUUAGAAACAUUAAUUAAAAAUUCAUUUUUCCAUAUACGAGUUUUACGUUUUACUACGUCUUGGGAUACUUCUUAUCUUGAUGCUGAUCGUUGGGAAAAAUUAAUUUCACAAUAUAUUCCUUAUUUACGAAUAUUGAAUUUCAAAUAUACUGACGAUAUUUACAAUCAAUUCACGCUCAAACCAUAUCACUUAAAUCUCAAUCGAUUUCUUUCACCGUUUUGGAUUCAACGAAGAUGGUUUCUGGAGCUUAAAGUUAGUUUAAAUUAUUUUCUAUGUGCUUCAAUUACAUAUUCUAUUCAACCAUUGAAAAAACAAUGGUAUGAAUGGCAAGAUGAUGCAGACUCGAAACAAUUUAUUAUUUGUCCAACUUUGGCUGAAAAAAAAUACAACAAUACUUCUUUUUCGCAUCUUCAUUUUACUAUUGAUGGUCCACAGAAUGUAGAAUAUUAUCAAUCACUACAAGAAUAUAUUUGUUCUAUUGAUGCUUUGGUACAAUUUACUAGUUUACACAUUGAUUUGUGUUAUUUUUCAAUUCCUAUUCUUAUUAAAUUCAUAAACAUGUUGCCUAAUCUUGAUUCAUUAACAAUAACAUCUAAGUUUCCAGGAAAAACUAAAAUUUUAUUUGGAACACAAAUUAAUAUGUUACGUUUUGUAUCCUCUAAUAACAAAAUAACUAAAGUAAAUCUUGAACAAAUAACAGAGCUCGAUCAAAUUCAUAUUCUUAUGGAUCUCUGUUUUCAUAUGUGUGAUCUUAAAGUGAAAUGUAGAAAUAUCUUUGAUGGUACAUGGUUAAUACGUUAUAUUUUAAACAAAAGAAAUACAAAUUUUAUUCCACAUUUAUGUUCAAUAUGUCUUUGGAUUUCGAAAGCAAAUGAUGAAAUGAUGAAUAAUUUUAAAAUAAUAAUCGAUACUGAAAAGUUAAUUGAUAAUUAUACAAUCAAACGCGUAUGUGAUAAAAUUUAUCUUCAAUGGAAUGAACAUGUAUAA